GGAAGUAAACGCUCGGACAGUGAAAAUCGGCUUAUCUCUCUACCAACGACUUCGUUAAUCAUGAAAUUUUUAUGAAUAUCGUUCGGCUGUGAAAAAAUCAGAAUGCUUCUGGAAAGCGUGCUGAUGUAAGUAAGAGGUGUCAACGAUGAGGUACUGUGUUUUAACAGUGCACCUGAUGCAGGCAAUUCUUAUCAUUGUGGGAAUGUCCUUAUGUCUGGAAGUGGACGGCGUGGGUAUAGCUGUUCAAAACGGGACAUCUGAAUGCAAUGAAACGCUCCCUAUCGUAAGGGUAUUCAACACAACUCAGAGGUUAUGGUUGUACUGGAAAAAUUACACGGACAACAUGACAGAAAUGGAGGAAUCGCAAGAGUCCAACUGUACUGAUUGUACCACGACGCAGAAGUGUACAUUCAUUAAGAAAUAUAACAGAUAUAACAUUAGCGAUGAGGACUUCCUCUUCUGGUGGACCACAAUGAUAAUGGACGACAUGGUGCGUAUGCCUUGCUACGGGAAAUUCUCUUCAGAAGGCGGUGGCGGACUUGGAUCUAUGGACGCCUGGGUCUUCUCAAACGGCAGACUAGUCCCACUUCAAAAGAUGACGCUCAUGUACACGGAAAAGAAUUGCAGCGUGUUUUUUCUUUGGUAUCCAUGGAAUAACACUGAUGCAGAUUGCGAACUGUACGUCCGCAAUAAAGCGAUUCCUCAAGGGCCUUCGCUGAAUUGCUCGAAAUAUUACGACGAGCACUGCAAAAACAGGACUUUGGCAUCGUCGGUUAGACGCAUUCGUAUGCUGCAGUUCACAAUGGGCAAGCAUGGGCAGGUGGCCUAG